AUGAUUAUUCCCAUCGUCAUAUCAGUAGAAGGAGUUGCCACGAACGCUUUGUCGGAGAAUUUGAAGGUCUUGAACCUUCCAAAGGGCCAAAUGUUCCCUGAGACUGAGGGAUUCCUUGUAGCUAUACAGGACCAGGUCAUUCCUACCAACAAUUACAAGAGGUUCAUACUUAAGAACUUGCAACAGUCUGAUAAAUGCAGGUACGGCUGUCAGGACUCCGAAACAAUACAGCACGUAAUUGGUGGAUGCCAAGCAUUUGCUCCAACGGACUAUAAGGAGCGCCACGACAUAGCUGCCAAAAUCAUUCACCAGGAGUUGGCAUACAAAUUCAAACUGAUCGAAUGCAAGCUACAGUACUACAAAUAUACACCGCAAUGUGUCCUCGAGAACGACAAGUAUAAACUAUACUGGGAUCGUACUGUGCUUACGGACCAAUACAUAAAACAAAACAGACCUGACAUAAUCAUUGUCGACAAGGACGCCCAGAAAGUAACACUGAUUGAUGUGGCCAUACCUAAUAGUAACAAUUUAACAUACAAACAUAAUGAGAAAGUUGCAAAAUACAGGGAGCUAGAAUUUCAAAUUAAACGCCAGUGGAAAAUGAAGUACGUGGAAACAAUACCAAUAAUCAUGUCAUCUACAGGGGUGAUACCAAGAAGGCUGCUAGAAAACAUCAAAGCACUGGAACUGAGUGAAAACAUUUACAAAAUCAUACAGAAAGGAGUUUUGCUGGCAACUGCCCGCAUAGUAAGAAAAUUUAUGGGAAAUGCAAGUACCUAG